GGGGGCGGUGUUCAGAGGUGUGAUGGAGUGGGCCGUUGGUGGAGUCUGAGUGGUCUGCAUGGUCUCACUUGUCAGUGCAACGCUUCUGAAAGUUUUCUCGGCAGCGAACUUGUUCCCUGUUUCCUUUUUGUUUUUUUCUUCUCAGUUAAUGCUGACGGCAUGGGAGGUAGCGGGAGUACAAAACGCGUCUCCUUCGAAGCUGAUGAGAAUGAUCAGAUUACUGUCGUGAAGGGCAUUAGGCUCUCCGACAGUGUCAUUAGCCGUAUGCGGGAUGCUUCUUCACCGGCUGAAAAAUCCCAGUCGUCACCUGCAGGACCAUCGCCAUCUCCUGGAACUUGUCCGCCUUCUCCAGUCCAACCAAUAGUUACUGAUGAUGAAGUCAGAAAACGAAUGUCCCAAGGGUCGGCACAAGAACGGAACGAGCAAGAUUUGAGACUACAAAAGAGGCUUGAACAUGAAAAACCGUAUGUUCACGAUGAGAUUAGCAAGGUUCUUCAACGUGAGCGAGAUGCAGCAAGCGACAAUCUUAUAAAAGCUAUUUUGCGAGAGAGAGCACUAACUGAAGAGGAACGUGUGAAAGCCAAGUAUGCUACAAAACAAUUGGAAGAAAAGGAAAAAGAACUGCAAAAGCUCAAUGCUUAUUACAAGGAGCAAGUGACCAGACUUGAAGAUAGGAGUGCCCAAUUCUACAAGCUGACUGCUGAGCAAUAUCAGAAAGCUGUUAGUGAAGUGGAGUCCAAGUUCAAAAAGUACAAGUCACAACCCAUCUGUGCUGAACUCCAAGGGGAAGUCCUCCGCUGCUAUCAGAAGAACCCAGAGCAGACUCUCAGCUGUUCUGCAUUGGCCAAGCAGUACAUUCACUGUAUUAACUAUGCUAAACAAAGCCUGCUGAGCAAAGGAGGUUAAAACAACCCACCAUCACAUCAAAAAGCCCUCAUCGUCAAUUUCAACAACAGAACAUCUUUCAGGAGCACUCAAAGAAGCUCAGCAAAGCAUCUGGACAAUAUGGGAAAGAGGAAACAAAAGGCCAUUGUCACCACGGCAACAGCAGCAGCAAGCACCCUAAUUUAAUCAGUGGGGAUAUGUUUAGCAGGGUUAUGAAUGUCUUAACAACCUGUCAUGCUUAUAGUCCUACCAGGAAAAUGUUCAGCUUUUCUGUAAUUGAUCUGACCCAUGACAUUAAGUGGAAUAUCUUUGUUUUGUUUCAUAUGAGGCCUUUAAAAUGUUCUAACAAUAAUGCAAUUAAAUCUAUCUUUGAAAGAUCAAAA